AUGGAAAAAGCUAAUCCCAAAGUAUCAGACUCCGACGAUACUCGUUCUCCAUCUGAGAAUGAGAAACACAUCGAAGGCGGUGUUCCUGUCAAUGUUGUCACCGUCCCUGAUCCAGACGAAGGGCUCAGCGAAGAAGAGCGGAAGCGAAUCGAUCGCAAAUUGCUCUGGAAACUCGACAUCCAGCUGAUCCCAUGGCUUUGCUUGCUCUACCUGAUUUCCUUCUUGGACCGAACCAAUAUCGGAAAUGCCAAAAUCGACGGCCUGCAAGAAGACUUGAAUCUGACUAAUAACGAAUACAAUGAUACCUUGACCAUUUUUUUCAUUUCGUAUUCGCUAUUCGAGCCUUUGACCCAGAUUUUAUUGAAACGUUUCCGGCCGUCGAUAUUCCUUCCUACGAUCAUGGUUCUAUGGGGUAUCUGUAUGACCACGAUGGGUCUUGUCCACAACUUUUCCGGCCUCAUGGCAUCGCGAUGGUUCCUUGGGCUUACUGAAGCUGGGCUUUUUCCUGGCGUCAAUUACUACCUGUCUUGUUGGUACAGGCGCUCUGAGUUUGGUAUUCGAGCGGCCAUCUUCUUCUCAGCGGCUGCUCUUGCCGGUUCAUUUGGUGGGCUAUUAGCUGCCGCUAUCGUCCAGAUGGACGGGGUGGGGGGCAAGCCGGGCUGGGCAUGGAUCUUUAUCCUCGAAGGUCUGGCGACGAUCAUCAUAGCCGGGUUAUCAUACUUCAUGGUCCACGAUUUCCCCGACGAAGCGAAAUUUCUCAGCGAAGAUGACCGGCGUCGUGUGAUUCGGCGCCUGAAACUCGAUAAGCAAUCGAGCGCCGAGCACGAAGCGUUCAAGAUGCAGUAUUUUUGGUCAGCGGCAAAGGACUGGAAGACUUGGACGGGCGCCAUCAUUUAUAUGGGGUGUGACGGCGCUCUUUAUGCAUUUUCACUUUUCAUUCCCACCAUUAUUCAGCAAAUGGGCUAUAAAAGUAUACACGCGCAGCUGCUCAGCGUACCUCCUUAUGCUGUGGCCGCGGUGGUAACGAUCUUCGUGGGGUUUGUUGCAGACAGGACUGGGAUGAGAGGAUACUGCAACAUGGUUAUGGCCUUGUUCGGUAUAGUCGGCUUCGCCAUGCUUCUGGGCUCGGGAGUACCCCAUGUCCAAUACGCUGGGGUGUUCUUGGGCGCGAUGGGAAUAUACCCAUGCAUUCCAAAUACGAUCACCUGGACGGCGAACAACGUUGAGGGUGUCUAUAAGCGAGGUAUUGCCUUGGGAUUCGUGAUUGGAUGGGGCAACCUGAACGGAAUCAUGUCCAGCAACAUCUAUCGUGCACAAGACAAGCCUCGCUACCGACCCGGCCACGCCGUCGUUCUCGGCUACGAAGCUCUCUUCCUUCUGGGCGGCAGUUUCUUGCAGCAUGUCCUGUUGAGGAGAGAGAAUGCCAAGCGUAGGGCGGGAGAGAGGGAUGUCUGGGUGGAGGGUAAGACGGAGGAGGAGAUCGACAAGCUUGGUGAUUUGAGGCCGGAUUUCAUCUACACCCUUUAG